AUAAGCGAUACCAAAGUUCCCUACUCCACUGAACCGAGCACAGUCAGCACAGCUGUCUCUGUGGUUCUUGGUGGGGGAAGGAAGCACAGGGCGGUACGAUGAUGGAGUCUGAAAUACUGAAGUUCAUCUGCGCCAACCAAGGAGCGGUUAACACCGAGUAUUUGGUGUUCAAUCUCGGCGCAGUGGAGGAUAUCACUUCUAACCGUGAGACAUUUGCUUCGUGUUGCCCUUACGGACAGCCGAAGGUGGUGGCCAGGACCAGUCUGAGACUGUGCAGAGUCAAAGACUGCCCCGGAACAUGCAGGGGACUACACCUGUGUAAACACUUCCUCUUCACCGGAUCCUGUCAGUUCAUCCAGUUCAGGAGAGGAUGCAACUUCUCCCAUGAGCUGGACUCUGGACACAAUCAGAGGAUACUGGUAGAGCAUGGGCUGCACAGCCUGAGCAGGGCGGAGCUGUGCACACUGCUGCUGCAGAGCGACGACAGGCUCCUCCCACCUAUAUGUUACGAUUACAACAAUGGUGACGGGCUGUUCGGCCGUUGUCAGGAAGGUUAUGGUUGCAAGAGAAUGCACAUCUGUGAGAGGUUCCUGAACCGUGACUGCAGCUGCAUCAGGAUUCAUGACUUUAAUGCUCCACAGCCAUUAAAAAGUCUGCGGGAUAAAGGCGUGCCUGACGAACUCAUUCCCUCCAUGAAAUCAGUUUAUGCAAAUAUACUGGCUUUGAAGUACUUUGACAGGGGCGAUAGAGGCAACCAUCAACAGAGAGGUGGUUACAGGGGCAACAGAGGCAACCUGCAACCGAGAGGUGGUUACAGGGGCAACAGAGGCAACAGGGGAAUCAGGGGCAACAGAGGAAACAGAGGAAAUCGGGGCAACAGAGGAAACCAGGGCAACUUUAGUCGCAGCAGUUCCACCAGUGACAUCCUUGCUGCUAUCGAUGCCUUAGAUCUGUACACUGAAGAUGGACUUGGUGAAGACAACCAUGAUCAACAAAACUCCUCCACCAGCGACAUCUCUGCCGCUGCCAACGACACUGAUGCGAGCAGCGACGAUGGUCAGAAAAGAAAGCGAACACGAAAUCGAAAUAGAGGGAGAGGUGGCAACCACGGCAACAGGGGUAACCAGGGACUGCCACAACGAACCCGUUCCACAGACGACACCCCUGCUGCUGGCAGCGACAAUGCAAACGCAGACAGUUGGCCUUUAAGAAGAGAAAGGCCCGUCAGAGAUAAAACUGAGAUCUGCAUGUACUUCAUCAAAGGCCACUGUAAACAUGAGGACCGUUGUUUUAAAGCUCACAACAAGAUGCCGUACAGAUGGGAGGUCAGAGAGAACGAUCAGUGGACCGCCAUGCCUAAUAAUGAGAUGAUUGAGAAGGACUACUGUGACCCUAACAACACAUACAGUAGCAGCAGCAGCCCAUCUGUGCAUUUUGACACGAUGACCUGUGGCCCCAACAAAGUGCGACGACUCUCUACCAUUAACUCUUUGCGUGAGCCAACCUUCAUCCAUACCACCGAGUGGGUCUGGUACUGGGAGGAUGAGUUCGGAAAGUGGAACAUGUAUGCUUCAGCUGAUGGUGGACACAAAGCAGCAGACAUGGACAGCCCUAAACUGGAGCAGAGGUUUCUGGACAACGACAAAGAUGUGGUGGAGUUCACCGCCGGUUCACAGUCAUACUCACUCAGUUUCCAGGACAUGAUACAAACAAACAAGCGGUACAACACUAAGAGGGUUGUCAGAAGACGGCCCCGGUUUGCCUCUACGGCUGAUGUUCAAGCAAGGAGAGUGAGAAGGCCUCUCGGUCAAGCACAUUUCGCCCCUAUACCAGACAACUGGGACAAGACACAGGUUCCUCAAAGGGGAUACAAGCGAGUCCCCCUCCCACGCUUCUCCGAGGAAUAUAAGGAGAUCGAAGCUCUGUUCUGUACAACCAUGAGAGGCUUCGACAUCGUCAAAAUGGAGAGGAUUCAGAACAAAGCUCUUUGGGAUGCCUUUCAGUUGCAGAAAACUCACAUGCAGAACAACAACGGUGGACAAAACGUGACAGAAAAAAAGCUUUUUCAUGGCACUGACUCUCAAUAUGUGGACACUAUCUGCCACACUAACUUUGACUGGAGACUCUGUGGAACUCAUGGAACUGCUUAUGGCAAAGGUAGUUAUUUUGCCCGGGAUGCCAAAUACUCCCACAGCUACACCGAUAACUCUGAUGUCAAAUCCAUGUUCGUCUCACGGCUGCUGGUGGGAGACUACACCAAAGGGUCCUCCAGCUACCUCCGGCCUCCUUCCAAGGACGGCGGGGACAUAAACUUCUUUGACAGCUGCGUAGACGACGUUAUAAACCCUUCCAUCUACGUUGUGUUUGAGAAGCAUCAGAUCUACCCGGAGUACCUGCUGCAGUACAAGACCAUGCACCCGCUCGUUGACUUAUAUGGUGGUGCGUCCGCGCCAGCGCCAAAACCAGUGCCUGCGCCGAGACCUGCUCCCCAGCCUACUAUAUUACCAGUUGCUCCACCCAAUAGAGCCUCAUACAACCCCAGUACACCAGUUUCUCCACCCAGUAGAGCCUCAUACAAGCCCAGUACACUAGUUUCUCCACCCAGUAGAGCCUCAUACACCCCCAGUACACCAGUUUCCCAAUCCAGCACAUCCUCAUAUCAACCCAGCACAUCCUCAUACCAACCCAGGACAUUAUCUUAUCAGUCCAGCACAGCCUCUUACCAGUACCGAACCACGCCUGCUUCUUCACCUUCCUCACCAAAGACACCAAAGAAAUCUUCUGAUUCUUGUGUCAUUGCUUAGGGACAAAGGCAAAGUGAGGGCAGGAGUUCAGUGUGUGCUUUUGGGAUGAAUACUGACAUUUGCAGGAGCUGAAUGGAGCUUUUGGCAAAUAUAUUUGGGUGAAUUUGGUGAUUAAUGAAUAUAUAUAUUUAACGUGUGCAUUGAGUGGUAGAGUGGCUUUUAUGCAGCACGUGACAUUCAUACCUAUUUAAAGAUCUUUAUAUCCUAACCCUAACCUUAGCUUCCAAGUUCACAGGAGCUAAGUUUUCAAGAUUCAAGAUUCAAGAAGCUUUAUUUAUCCAGAGGGAAAUUACUGUGCAACAGUUUCAAUACAAAGGAGGUAAAGUAAAGUACUACAGGGUUAGAGUAAAAAUAAGCUAAAAUUAAAUUAAAUUAAAUUAAAUUAAAUUAAAAUAAAGGCUAACAUAAAAUAAAUCAAACAAUUAACUAAAUGCAACAAAAUGUAAGCGCUUACAGGUAACAUAAGUAGAAAGGAAGAAACAAGUAACUAAAUGUGACAAAGUGCAACAAUAAUUGCAGUUAAACGUAGGUAUAUACAAUAUACAACAAUACACACUGUGCAGUUUUCGUUAGAUAAGUAGUUGGUGGCGCUAAUUAUCCAGUCGGAUGCUGGUAAACCACUGCAGAGGAAGAGGGCGUAAUUAAAAGCACUAAUCAAACAACAAAUGAACAUUAACCACGUGGGAAAAAAUGAGAAGUUUGACAUUUUUGUCUGUUUCAUGUAUUAAUUUGAGGAAGUCUUCUCAUUGUUUCACUGGUGUGACGUUAAUGUCUGCUGCUAUUGUUAGUGUCUCCAGUGGAGCCGAAGCUUCAGUUAAUCGCAUGCUUCAUGUGUGUUAUGGUUUAUUCACUUUAUGUGUUUCCAUUUUGCACCAACUUAAUACCCCACUAAGCAACUUUUUUUUUUUUUUUUAUUUCUGGCGGUUCCCCACAGGUUUUUAUGCUCAAAUGGAGAACCUUUAAAAAAACAAAAUGCACUUAUUGAGUAUGAUGUAUUCAGUGUCAUAUUUAGUCAUUAUUGCAUUAAGAGAUUCCGCUGCAUAGCUCCCUAACCAGUAGAGGGCGGCAAACUCCUAUGUCAACAUUUAAAAAAUUGCAGUAAAAUGAAUAGCUUUUUUAACUAAAUGUAAAUGAGUUUUGUUGUUUUUUUUCUUACAAUGUUUAGGGUGUACAUUAUUGAUUAUUUCAAGCACCACUUGCAGAUUUUGUGUAACAAAUUCCACUGCAACUAAAACUAUUGCUGGUCUCCAAAUUGUUGUAUAACACGUGUAUAACACUUGAUUUUUUUGCUUUAAUAAUAAAUGUAACAUACAUGUUAA